CAAACGUCAUGUUCCGACGAUCCUUCAACAACACUACCUUCCAGAACGUGACAGACAGCAAAUAUUGAGAACCGUUUAGUCAAGAAACGACGACAACAACAACAACAUCAUCACUAGUAGUGUCGCUGGCGAAGCCAUUCACCGCCACUUUGCUCAAGCACGCACUCUGCGCGCAUAAUGACUAAUGUGCCGCCGAGAACGAAUUCUCUGGCGUUCGCGAAGUCGGAUUGUCACUCGUGCAGGUCAAAACAGAGAAAGUGUGACAGACAACGGCCGAUAUGCAGGACUUGCCAGGAAGCUGGGGAGAAAUGCGCCGGCUUUCAGACACGUUUAGUCUGGGAAGGCAGUGACCUGCCAUCCCGCCGAGGGGACGACAGUCGACGGAGACAUAAAGCGCCAGCACGUGCGGAAGCCAGUGAUAGUCCAAAGCCGUCGGGGAGUGAUGCUGGGGUGAUAAAGAGAGCUCUGCCUUCGAGAAAGGCUGAGCGUGAAUUCGCAUUUGUGACGAGUUGGCCGCCCAAGCAGAGGAAGAAGCACGUGAGAAAGAACUCAGUGACUUCAAAAGAUGCCCGGCCAGAGCCGCUGUCGAAUACAGCGACAACGACGACUGCAGACUUUCCGCUUCAGGAAAAUCGGCAUAUGAACGCUCAAGGAUCAUCAUUCAAGCCGGAAGAGAUGAUGGAUGCCACUGGGGUGGAGUAUGCGCCUCCGACCAUGAUGAAUCCUACACAAACGAUGUAUCCUGAAGACGGCACCUACACCAUCUGGUCUGUUGGGGGAGCGACAGAAGAACCCCCAAUCCUAACCUCUGGGUAUGUCACCGAUCAGUGGACUGUUGAUGAAGAACGCAAUCCAACUUUCGCACCACCCUGGCCUGAGUUUGUCGAUGCAGGCCAGUAUCAAAAUUCCAUGGCCCUUACCAAAGCCCACCAUCAGACGCCUUUUGCUAUGAACCAAAUAUUUAUGAACUCCAUCCCGCCCCAUGUACAGUAUGCCAAUGUGGUGGAUCAAUUUUCAGUUUUGCUGGACAGAUACGACCAGGAAUUUUGCAAAUACCCGAUCACCAUCGACCUGGAUAUCAAUCCGUUCAGGUAUCGCAGGGAAACGUCGAGAGGCUCAAAACAUCUAUUCCAUGCGAUCAUUGCGCUCGCAUGCCACCACCGGAAGGAUUAUCGGCAAGAUAAAGCGCCUCCUUUGGAAUUCUACGAACACAAGAACCAAUCGAUGGUGCUCUACAAAGAAGCUUUACAGAGUUCACAUAUUCAUAAUCAGAGCUUACCUGCUCUGGACACUUUACUUGCCUUGUGGUGCAUUGAUGUGAGACCGGGCCCCCCUUUUCGGGCAUUGACUACACUGAACCUGUCGAAUGCUAAUUCCUUCUCCCAGACUGUCCAGUCAGCUCUGAACGCAUGGAGGACUCACCUGAGUAACGCAUAUGCACUGCUUGAACUCGCCGGUGGCGUCAACACAUGGUCACUGUCCUUCAGGACCCAAACCCAAGUCGCCAUGCUAUUAUGGUGGGACGCCGUUGUGGCAUUACUAUCACGACGUGCUCCAGUCAUGCCCUACACAUAUUUCGAAGCAGUCCUUCAGUGGGAAAGUUCGCCCUUCUGGACAUUUUUUGAUCUCAUUGGCAUUCCUCGAGAAUUGCUGGUCCCACUAAUGCAAUUUGCCCAUCUUGCUGGGCAAGUAAACAGUCAAGCUAUGCCCCAAAAGACACUACGAAAAAUCGUGACCGAAAUUGAGACGAAUUUAAAGGGCCAUCGCCCUCUGCAGGAAGACCUCGAAGCCGAAGAUGCGGAUGAAGAUAAAUUACAAGAGGCGAGAGAUCGAUAUCACUGUUGUGAGGCUAUUCGAUACUCGUUACAGAUAUACGCCAUCAGAGUGUUCCCGGAUCAGAAUGUACCCGUGGCACGAAGGAGUGCCAGACUAAAGUAUCUGAGCCGACUGUGUCUGGACCACGUCAUCUCCAUACGGACGUCGUCCGACACUUUGAAACAAUUACUACUUCCGAUAUUUCUAGCUGGUGCCGAGACCGAUGAUCAACGGCACAAGGAUUUCAUACGCGGAUACUGUGAGCGAUGGUACGGAGUAUUCGGGUAUCAGAUGUUUCCCACGACGGCGGAGAUUCUGGCAGAAGUCUGGGCCAGCCAAAUCAUGGUCGACCAGGAACUAUGGUGGGGAGAAGUUAUUGACAUGCGACGGCAUGCUUGUCAGGAAGGGGAUCACGACUUUUGCUUUGGUUAGGCCAGUUGUACGAUGACGAGUAUUUGGUGGCCAAAGAUCUCGAUGUAAUAAUGAUGAAUCAAGUUCAGC